ACGUACACACAUAACACAAAAAACCACACCUAUACAUGAUGAGGGCCAACAAGCCCGAAACACAGAUCUCUGCAUCUUUUUUCUCUUGGCAUCACAUGGUUUUUUCUACAUGUAAGUAUACACACCCAGCAUAGCACGCUGUUUCUGUCAAGUUAAGAUCCAUAUUAUGAUAGUCAGUAUAAAUUUGAAUGCUGGAUAAAAAAAUUGCACAUAAUACGCAUGGCUUGCACAGGGCUUCUUUGUGGUUUGUAAGAGCGGAGACGUGAUGCUACUCUAGCCGGUGUUUCCAUGUACUGGGCUCGUAGUUUCUGUAAACGCACACGCACGAGUUUACUACAGGGAGCUUGUAGAGGUGACAUGGCAACUCUUGUAACCCAGGAGUAUUGGUUACAGCUAUAAUGGAGAGCAUAAGGCUGCAUGCAGUGUUAUUCCCACUUAUGUGCAGUGGGCUCAAAAGUGGUUUAAGGAUGUGUGUAAGUACACGUCAUAACAGGUGGUGGGGAGUACAAAGGUCUUAUGUAGCAGAGAGACUGUGCAGUACAGGGCUAUAGUGCAACCUCUUAGAGAACCUUAGGGGAAAGAAAAAUUUUGUGAAUUUUGCUGAGGGACCAGCUCAAGUUUUUUCUCUUCGAAAUUUGUGCACGCAGACAAUUUUGCACAGGGGGCAUGGCAACGUGUAAAAUUUUAUCCACAAAAUCCUUUUUUGCCGAGAAAUCCUUUUUCUCUCUCGAAAUUCCCGCUAUACCAUAUACACGUCGGACUGGUAUAAUGAUGUAAAAUGACUUGAAAAUUAUCAACGAUGACUUUUGUGUGGUGCUAUUCCCCUAGGGAUGGUCAUUGCAUGAUUACGAAGGUAUGUAUGCUAACUUUCGUGUCAUAAUAACUAUCUGCAUAGUAGCCGGUAUAUGUAUAUAGUGUCUGUGUAUAAUAUGAUGGAAGUUGAGUGUUGCUACAUUGGGUCAUUGACAAGCUUAGUCUUCCAGGAAAUGUAGUAGCCUCAGGGUUAAUCAUGCAGACAAAUAUCACACGCCAAAAUGCACAUUUGAGGUCCUGCCCAUAGACAAUAGCUGCCCGUGGUGUGUGAGCACUCAUACAUCACUAAGUACGGUAGUACUUAGUAUAUAGGGGUACCUAGCAUCAUGGAUGUAUGGGGCUAUGAUAGGGAGUUUUGUACGUAACGUAAAAGUACGUAAAUUGCUGCACAUAAAAUAGUACAGCACGCAUACUGUAUGCGUGUAGUACUUAGUAUAUAGGGGUACCUAGCAUCAUGGGAGGGAGUUGAUAGGGAGUUUUGUACGUAACGUAAAAGUACGUAAAUUGCUGCACAUAAAAUAGUACAGCACGCAUACUGUAUGCGUGUAGUACUUAGUAUAUAGGGGUACCUAGCAUCAUGGGAGGGAGUUGAUAGGGAGUUUUGUACGUAACGUAAAAGUACGUAAAUUGCUGUACAGCACGCAUACUGUAUGCAUAUACGGAAGUACAAUACCGCGUACACGUUACCUGUGUGUGUGUAUACAGAGGCAGAAAGGUUUGUGUGCAUAACACUAAACUUUCAAACUGUGCCACUUGCUUGCGGACCAUAUGCGCCGGUGUUUUCUCAAGCCGGUGGCUAAACAAAACGCUGUUUACAGAAAACAGCAUUACCGUGGAUACCGGUGUGUUUUCAGUGGUACCAUGCAUUGCCCAAUGUAUUAUACAUGGAUGUUUUUACAUGUACGUACUUGUGUGCAGGUGUUCUGUGUAUUAUAGUGACAGGGAACAUGUGUGCCAGUGUAACAGUGAGAGAUUUUUUGGAAGUGUAUAAGUUACGGGAGGACACAUUAUCACGCUGAAUUAAAUGGCAGAGUGUCCAUUACUAUUCCUUUCCUACCCUCUCUUUCACCAUCUUUCUCCCUCCUUUCUUCCUCCACCUCUCCUCCCUCUAUCCUCCCUAUCUUUUUUCUUAGCCCAUCACGAUAAUAGGUCCCCCGGAGUGCUGUACGGAGGCCUGUUUUCAAAUCAUGAAGAUCAUGCAGAACGAACUACUCAUGACCAGCGGGAUGCUCGAGAAUGGUAAAUUUCACGAACCCCUGCCAGUGGUUCCCCUGAAAGUUCUGGCCCACAACGAGCUAGUCGGUCGAGUCAUCGGGAAAGGAGGCAACACCCUCAAGAGAAUCAUGUCAGAAUCCGGAACCAAAAUCACAAUCUCAAAAUUGAAAGAUCUCACUGCAUACAACAUGGAAAGAACAAUAACCAUUCUGGGAACAAUUGACAACUGCAAAAAGGCAGAGUCGCUGAUAAGUGCAAAACUGAGGGCCUCGUACGAGAGUGACAUGGCGCAGUUCAUCCCAGUUAGUGAGCAGACCCAGGGAAUUUACUCCCAGCCUCCCAACCUCUCCCCCUCUCCGACAAACAUCCCUCCCUCCCCGAACCCGCUCUCCUCAGACUUCCGUCGCAUGCCGCAGUCGCUCCCGGCCACGCCCACCAGCGUCCGAACCUUCACCGAUUUUUCCGGCGAGCACAAACGACUCACGACUCUACACGGAUCCACAGGUGCCCUGGAGGUCAGCAAUCUCGGCGGGUUCAAGCUGGGAUCGGCCAUCGCCAUGAGCUCGGGGUUAAACGGCAUGAUGAACGGCGCAGGGAUUGGUGGUGGAGGGGUUAACGGAAUUGGAAUGAACGGUGGAGGAAUGGGCGGAGUCCAUGUUGCCGUCGGGCAGGGCUCCGUUCCGCUCCAGGGAAAGUAUUCCGGAGCUUUCGAAUCGUCCAUCGAUGGUUUCGUGAAGAGCGGUGCCAUGAGCACUCCGACCACGCCCCUCCCGGAGUUCGUUCCCAUGACGAUAUCCAACGGAAUGCGGGGAGUCAACGGUGUCGGGGGUGGGAUCACGAAGACCUCUCCCCCUGGCCCCCUGCACACUCCAAUUGCCGAAGUCGAUGACGAAAUCUCGGAUGUCUUCACCACGCUCUCAGUGAAAGACCCGAUGGUGGCCGCACCCGGUUACGGUCGCGGGCGUUUCCGCAGGAGCAGCGCACCCGUGAACACAUCGAUGCAGCAUGUGUGGGGGUCCGUCACCGUGGGGGAACUGGCGGGGGAAAUUUCGACCCCCAAUGGGGGUCCUUCCCUGGAUGUGGUGGGUGCUGGAGGAAUGGGCGGGCUCAUGGGCGGUAACCGUGGAUACGCAAACUCGACGGUGUCGUCGGGGUCGGGGUUCAACGGGUGGAAUGCUCCCACGGCGCUCUCUGGUGUUCCCGUGACAACGGUACCUCCGCAGACCCCGGCAACGGCAUCCAACAUUUGGUCAGGUGGCCUCCAGCCCAUGGUGACCUCGCAGCAAGGAAGCCGACCAAACAGCCAAACCAGCAGCUACUCCAACUCCUCAGAGCCCGGAAGCUCCUCCCUCUCUGCGUUCAGCCCCAUAUACUCCCCGACGAUCGGCAACUCGUCAAACGGGUUUUUCUCGCAGCAGGAACCGGUUUCUUCCUCAUCCUCCGGUCUCUUAGUGUCGGCUAGCCCCCUUGGAGUGACCAGCUCUGAAAAUCAUAAUCAGCCAGCUUUCAAGGCUAUCAGUAUGGCAGUCUCCAACUGCUCCAAUUUCUCCGCUGACAGCAUUCCGACCAGCACCAUCACAUCAGUCAUCCCAGAGGAAGAUGAUCUUUUGCCAACAUCCUGUGCAAUGGACCACGGCUUUUCCAACGAACUGCCCAUCCCCGCAAUCGCUUCACACUGGUGAAACUCCGCCCCCUGACCACACCCCCUAUUACCUCACUGCUCCUUCACUGUACCACUAACUACCCUUGAAACCCUCCCACCCAUGUGUGCCGUCCGCAAAAUUUCGAUUUUCCCCCCUCUCGAUCGACAAUACACAACAGUCACUGUCGCCACAGUGUCUGUUACCAUGACAACGUCUCUGUUACCACGACAACAAACUCUCCUGUCCCUCUCUCUGUCAUCAGUUACCCAAUGUCAAAAAAUCAUGUACAUACCUGUAUUCGCAUCUCGAGUUUGAUUCUCUCGCCAGCCGAAAUUUUUCAUACCUGUUUUCACUCCAUUUAACGCCCGCCGUCUCUAUAAUUCCCCAUUCUCGCUCCCAACACAGCAAGUCACUUUUAUCUAUCUCACCCCUCACCCCUCACCCUGUCCCUUAUUUUUCUUGGAGUCUCAGAAAUUCAGUAUACCUGAUUUAUAUCGUGCCCCUUACAUUUCUCUCAUCACUUUCAAGUUCUAGCCCUCAUCAUGUGUAUAUACCACGCCUCAGUCCCAAUCCGUUACCGUAGCAACCGACUUUCCUGUUACUAUAUAUAUAUAUCAGCCGGGUGACUAAAAAUAGAUCUGUACAUUAUUAUAUCAUCAUGACUGCUCAUCAUUAUUAUCGCAUCCACCGAACUCCAAACUAGCUGUAUGUUGUACUUAGCGUCAUUUGAUUCGAACCGAAACUUUUUCAAUCCAUUUUUUUCUCGUACAAACUCAUUCUUCUCUCUUCUGUUCAAAUCUCAUUCAUUCAUUCUCAAGAAGACCACUUAUAGCCAGCCAACCAACUAACCAGCUAGCCCACCGAUACUUCAUAUAAACAGUCUGUGAGUUUCCUUCCACACCCGGCAACCGAGAGACAGCAAAGAAAGUGACAUGACAUUAUCACAGGUAUCGAAAGCAGACAACUCGACAUCAGCCGACCUGCAAACACACCAUUUGUGCCGUUCGUGUCUGCAGCAAACACGAGACUCUAUGGUUUCACUUUCAGAUUGUGUGCAAGUGUUUCGUGUGUGUGUGUGUGUGUGUGUGUGUGAUGCAAACUGUUGAUUUUCACUUUGCGUGCAUGUCCCAUCAUUUCUCUUCCGUGUGUGUGAACAUGUCUCUGCGUGUGUGUGUGUGUGUGUGUGCGUGUGAUAUUCUGCCGGCAAAAUGACUUCCAUUCCAUUCCCAUUCCAUCUGUGUCUGAUUCCCAUUCUCCCACGUUCUCACGUUCCCUCUUUUCACCCCCAAAAAUUCUCUCACAUGUGUGUGCAUAGUUACGUAUGUAAGCUCAACCACCACAGCUAAUACUGUACCACCUUUUUGUUCAUCUGUGUGAAGAUCAGCCCAGAUUUACAAUUUAUAUACAGUCCCUCUCACAUGAUUUUAUAACCGAUAUCCCACAACGACCGAGUGUGUACGUGUGUGUUAGUGUACUGUGUGUUAGUUUCAGCAUAGAUGUAGAAUUCAGAGCCGUUACAGCUGUUUUCAUCAAAAAACCUUUAUCCAUUCAUGUACAUAUUAGCGUCGUCGUCGUAAUAGUUAGACAUGUCUUUCAGAUUUCACUCAAUAAUUCUUAUCACUUUGUGAGCGUGUAUGUACUAAUGUUCACAAUGUGUGUAUAUAUAUAUAUACAACCACAAGUGGUGCGAUCACAAAGUGUGUAAAUUCUCCAUAAUAUCAAUUGCAUGAUGCUCAAUGGCACCAGCGAUAUUACGUAGGUAUAUACAAUAUAAAUUAGGAUUCCAAAUUACAUCAUGAGCUUCUCUUGUAGUCGGGAACAAAGAUUUUGAUUCCGACUUCAGUUCUACGAGGUCGCUGAUUAGCCCCGCCCCUUUCAUCAAGUAGGUCCGUGGACUUUAAUUUUCGUCUAAAUAGAGAAAGAAAUAUCGAAAAAUCCGUUAUCGUAAAGCAGGAUUGGUUUGGAUAAGGAUAAUGGUUUGAAGGUAUGCUAAAAAGUGAUGCAAAAACCACUAUUUACGUAGCACUGAAAAUGCAGCCCUUUGGGGUUUGUAAUGAUCAACAAAUUGCAAAUUGGCAUAUUAAACUCAUUA